AUGUUUCCAACACGCGCCCUCUUCGGUCAAGCCCGAUUGACCCUCUUUACCCGCGCCGGGUGUGGCCUCUGCGACAAUGCCAAAAAGACAGUCGUGCAACUGCACCAGCGCCGCCCCUUUGAAUUUGUCGAAACAUAUAUUGAUGAGCCGGGAAACAAGAAAUGGAAGGAUGUCUAUGACUUUGAUGUUCCGGUGAUUCACGUACAAUCCGUGGAGAAUGGAUUGCCCAAGGAGGCAGACCUCUCCGACGCUCGCAAGCUCUUUCACAGAAUGACGGAGCAGGAGGUUGAGCAAUUGGUCACUGAGGCCGAGAAAUGA